AAAUAAACUUAUUAUUGUAGACAAUGUAAUUAACUGAUUGUCAAUUUGUCAUUAGUCUAUCGCCCUUUAUCUUUAUUUUUCUAUUUAUCUGCGUGAAUAAUUUAACAGUACUUAUUGGAUUAUCUCUGUCGUUAAUGGAAAAUAAUCUCCGUAUUUACAACUCUCCUGAUAUUAGCCAAUCGAUUUCAUUUGCAAGUAAACAUUUCUGGUGUUCGGACAUUAAUCUAAUGGGGAAGUACACUUUUAUUUAUCUUGAACGAUGAAACUUUGCUCCGUGUAAGUUUAAUAGUCUUUAUUGAAAAGUGAAAAAUACGUGGAUAUUAAAAAUGUCUUCAGAAACGGAAAACGGAACAAAGAAAGAACGAAUCCAUGACGAGUUUACAGAACGUGAUCCUCUAAAAGAAACGACAAAAGAAGAUGAAAUUGAAAAAGGUUUCAGUGAAAAAUGUUUAUAUAUUCUAAAUAAUGUAACACUUGAGCCUACUAUGAUGCUGUUCAUUAUAUCAGCGAUGAUAUCAAUUAUUACCACUCAGAAUUUGAGUUUAGAGAAAGCGUGCAGAGUGGAUUUGAAUUUUACCGACGAAAUAUGUUCAUCGUUGAGAUCGCAAGAUAUUGAGGGUCAAAAUCAGUACGAGAGAGAUACUCAAAAGCUGCUAGCUUCGGCCAUGGCUUGGAAGACAUACUUGACCGCUUCGAUCCCGUGUCUGAUGUCAUUGUUUGUCGGAGCCUGGUCAGAUAUUACAGGGCACAGGAAAAUAUUCGUCAUAAUCCCAAUCACGGGUAACAUACUUGUGUGCAUAAAUAGUAUGAUACAUACAUAUUUUUUCUACAAUAUGGGUUUGAAGGCGUUCGUGUUCAGUGAAGCGUUUAUAGAAGCGUUCUCUGGUGGUUGGUGCAUUACAUUUAUAACAAUAUUCUCGUACAUAAGCACGAUAACGACCGAGGAUAACCGCACGUUUCGUAUGGGCCUCGUCCAUUUUUGUCUGACGGUGAGCUUCCCUAUCGGAACGGGAUUAAGUGGGAUAAUGCUAAAGAAAUUGGGAUAUUAUGGGUGUUACGGAAUAGCCGCUAGUUUGCAGACCGUGAAUUUAAUGUACAAUGUUUUCGUAGUAAAAGACCCGAAAAGGACCCCGCAGCAAAAGAAGCACGAUGGUAAAGGAGUGUGCCACUUCUUUCGGACUUUCUUCGACUUCAGCAAUAUCAAAAAUACAAUGCAUGUGAUUGUGAAAAAGACACCUGAUAAUAGGCGAUUGAGACUGUGCAUCCUUUUGCUUGUUGUUACAAUACUCUUUGGACCCAUGUACGGUGAAAUAUCGAUUAUGUACAUGUCAACUCGAUAUAGAUUCAACUGGGACGAAGUUAAGUACAGUAUCUUCCAGACAUACAAUUUCAUCACACAUACAAUUGGUACAAUAUUCUCGAUAAGCGUGUUUAGCAAAUAUCUGCAGUGGCACGACUCAAUCCUGGGCAUCAUUUCAACACUGAGCAAGAUUGCCGGGUCCUUCGUCUACUGCUUCGCUCCUAAUGAAAAGAUCUUCUUUAUCGCUCCAAUCGUGGAAAUUUUGAAUGGUACGUCAUUACUAGCUAUGAGAUCUAUUGUAUCCAAAUUAGUGGAUCCUGAUGAAUUAGGUAAAGUAAACUCCCUGUUCGGCCUGACCGAGAAUCUGAUGCCGUUGUUAUACGUGCCCCUGUACACACAAGUGUACACGGCCACGAUGGAAACUUUACCAGGAUUUGUGUUCCUCAUGGGCGCUCUAAUGACCACCCCAGCUGUCAUAGUGUUCUUCUGGCUGUUAUAUGAACACAGAAAAAAUGUCAGGAAGAUGAAAGCACUGAAGACGCCAAUGGAUUAAAUUAUUUAUAGAUAGUAUUAGUUUUAUCACAAUUCAAACAGGGUUUCUUUAUGUCAUUUUGAAUUACGUACCUUUUCUUUAUAUAGUUUGUAUAUUUUGUACUGAAAUAAAUUAAUAUUGUAAAAAAAUAUUGUCACUACAUCACUACGUAGUCGCUUCCCACUAUGUUCCUCUAGGUAUGCUUAGAUCUUUGAAACAACGCAACUAACGAUUACGAUUUUGAUGAGGAUUUUUUUAAUAGAUAGAGUGAUUCAAGAGGAAGGUUUAAGUAUAUAUAUAAUUUAUUAUGGUUUUAUCAGAGCGAAACUGUGACGAGUUGCUAAUAUCUUAUAAGGUAUCUAGAAAAUGUUAUAUAAUUAUGUUAGUUUAUCAGAUGGUACAGUUUGUAUCGCUUAUAAUGAACAUACAUACCAAGGUUUGUUUUAAAACCUUACCAACACUACUUCAAAAUAAAAUCUACUAUCAUUGAUGUAUGUACAAGAUAAAGUAAUAAAAAAAUGCAAUGUAUUGUAUAAACAUUUUCUUGUAUUAAAUCAAAAUAAAAUAUUCGUAGUCGAA